UUCGUUAAAAUACCCUAUUGAGAUGAUCUAGGUUCAGAAAGGGCCGUGAUUAUUUCCAGCCUUCACGGGGCUCUCAUCCGAAUUCAACUUUUAUUGAGUGCGAUAUAUCGCGAGUAGUUCUCCUCACAACUCCAAAACCCGGAUCGACUCAAUAUUCCAUGACGCCGUUGAGACAAGUGAAGUUCAACAUUCUCAUAUCCCUUGCCACUUGAGCUUUGCCCAUCGAUUGAUUCCCUGAUCACUGCCGUAACAGCUCAUCGAAGAACACUUCUGUAAGUGUCAUCACUCACCUUCUACUCCUGACUGGAAACGGUGGCUCUUGACGUCGGUGAGCAGAUGCCCUCAGAUCCUCAGACCGCCGCAGCCACGCUCCUGAGGAUUGCAAACAAAUACCAACACGUGAGUCUCUCAACAGAUUGGACACGAUUGUGUGAUCACUGUGCAUGACUGCUUUCCCCUGCCUUUUACGGAACCGAUCUCUUGAAGCCGGAAGGAAGGCGUCCAUCCAACGCAGCAGCUUUUGACCAGACGGCAGCGGAUUCUUCUUAAAUUUCUGGUGUAUGUUGCACCUCUACCGCCCGAGUUCUACUUUGAUUCCGUGCGCCAAACACCGUUCUUCGGCUACCACCAAUUUCAGAAGUCGAGAUUUUCUCUCACGCCUCACGGAAACUAUGGUCCAUAAAUGUGCCGUGUGUGCAGCAGAGUUUCCUUCGUUGUCCACGCUGAUGCAGCAUGGCCGUUCCGACCAUCCUGGGCAGAAGCUAUUCCAGUGUGACAUCUGCAGAAAACAAUUUACCUUGAAGGUUAAUUUACGAGCUCAUGUAAAGACCCAUACUCAGGAAAAGCCUUUUAAGUGCGACGUCUGCGGUUUGAAGCUACGUCGUCGGGGACACCUCGAGAAUCAUCUCAGGAUCCAUACAGGAGAGAUGCCAUUUGAAUGCACCCUUUGCCACAAGAAGUUCCGUCAAGACUCUAACCUUCGACUUCACGCUAGGACUCAUGCAGGAGUGAAACCUUACGAGUGUACAGUUUGUGAUAAGACAUUCACUUACAAGGGAGACCUCACGGUACAUCUUAGAACCCAUACUGGAGAAAGGCCCUACGAGUGUACGUUUUGCAAUAAGAGGUUCAAUACAGGGGUAGAUCUGAGACGUCAUGCGGAGACACAUGGAGAUGGAGAGUCUAAAAAUUUGGAGUGCGCAGUUUGCAAUAAGGCGUUCAAAACUGGUGCUGCCCUCAGAGCGCACCUUGCGACCCACACAGGGGAGAAGCGCUAUGAGUGCGCGAAGUGCAACAUGAAGUUUGUUCGCCGAAGCAAUUUGAAGAUACAUCUUAAAACACACUCCGAUGAAAAGUCUUUUGAAUGCUUGGUUUGCGGGAAGAGGUUCAAACUACAAGAUUACCUACGAAAACAUCUAAAAGUCCACAGAGAUGAGAAACCUUUCGAGUGCUCGGUUUGCGAUAUGAAGUUCAGGGAACGAGGAAAUCUGAAAAGUCAUCUUCAAAUCCACAAGGAAGAGAAGCCUUUUGAGUGCGCCAUUUGCUUUAAGAAGUUCAGAACCUCAUUUCGCCUGCGCCUUCACAUUCGAACCCACACGGGAGAAAAGCCUCACGAGUGCACCGUUUGCGGUAAGAAGUUUAGAUCAUCAGGUGGUCUUACAAUUCAUUGUUUAAUUCACACAGGUGAAAAGCCUUUCGAGUGCUCUGUGUGCAGUAAGAAGUUCAAUCAAAAAGCUAACCUCGCAACUCAUGUUAAGAGUCAUUUAAACGAAAAACCUUACGAGUGCUCGAAAUGUAAAAGGAAGUUUGCCAAGAAAGAGUAUCUGAAAAGUCAUCUUCAAACCCAUUUAGAUGAGAAGCCUUUCGAAUGCUCAGUUUGUUGUAUGAAGUUCAAAAGGCAAGAUUGCCUAAUUCUUCAUCUCAAAACCCACACAGGAGAGAGACCGUUUGAGUGCUCGGUGUGUGGCUGGAAGUUCAGGGUGUCAGGUAAUCUUCGGAGUCAUCUGAGAAUCCAUACAGGAGAAAAGCCUUUUGAGUGCUCGGUGUGCAACAAGAAGUUCAGCUAUUCAGCCAAUCUCCGGACUCAUUUAAAAACUCAUAUUGUGGCCAAGCCGUACAAGUGCACGGAAUGCAAUAAAUUGUUCAGCGAAAGAAAUCAUCUGAUAGAUCAUCUUACAACACAUUUAGAGGAGAGUUCAUGACAAACGGAGACAAAUUUGUGGGAUAGAUGGUAUCUCAAAUUGGACAAGUCAUUGCUCGAACAAUAUGUGAAUCGGCAUACCCUUAGUUAUCUCCUCAGUUUUUUCCCUUAGAUUUUGUUCAGUAGCAGACACAGAUGUUACCCUCUGGGAAUUUACAUAUUUUGUUUGUACAAACGAAAACUGCGAGGUCAAUGGUAGUAUGAAGGAGGGAAAGGGCCCGACUGCAAACGUGUGAAAUGACAAAACUGUCCACUGUAAAUAUAUUUGACGAUUUGUAACCUUUUUUCAAGUGCUCUUAGCGUUUUAAUUGUACUUUUGUCUCUGUCUGGGGAGGUUCCUCGCAUGAGGUUCCGGUGGCACCUCAAGUUGUUUGAGAACGAUGAAGGUUGAUAUGAAGUGUGGUGGUGGUUUGUACAAUGUU